CCAAAAAAACCUACACACGCUUUUCAACAGCUCGCGCACUUUGUUGGCGUCCGCAACCGCAACUGUCUAUCUCUCUCUCCUCUCUUACACAAACUCUCUCUCUCUCUCUCUCUCUUGCUCUCUCUUUGUCACUCUUCUUAAAACCCUAGCGCCCACCAAACCCAUGACAGGAUGAAACACUACAAAACGCGCGUUUUGCUCUGAUCGCAGCUUGCUCCACCAGCCCACGAAGAUCUUGAUACUCCGUUCCACGCUCUUCCCCUCAAUUUUACAACUUUAACACUGUCACUGCCACUGCCACUGCCUCUGUUCUCUUCGUUGAGCAAAGGAAAGGAGAGGAAAGGAAUUUUGGUUUUGGUGAGAUCGGAGGAGUGAUGGUGAUGGCUGAGAAUGAGGCUGGGGAUGACCAGAGGGACCUCAAUGUCAAUGGAGGUGGGCCCAAGUCCCCAUGGAAGACUCCGGUCACUGUCGACGCCAAGGCGGCCGAGGAUGCUCCCGUCAUGGGGGCUGAGUCCUGGCCUGCUCUGGCCGACGCCCACAGGCCCAAAAAUUCAGAUGCUGCCGCGAAGCCGCCGGCCGCAGAGCCGUCUCCCUUGCCUCCUCAGGGAUUUGUCAUGCAGCAGAAGUCAAAUGGGUCUGGAAAUUCUAAUGCUUCACACAAGCAUUCAUCAUCACAACAUCACCAAAAAGGCCCUAGGCGCAACCCAAAUGCCGCACCUCCUUUUCCAGUACCCUUACCUUACCAUCAACCACCGCUUCCUCCUGUUUUUCAUACUAUGGUACAGCAGCCACACAUUGCUGCUUCUGGGUAUGCUUACCAGCCAUACCCUGGACCCAUUCCAAGUGUUGAAAAUCAUAUUGCAAAAUCUGGAUGUGAGACCCCAGUGCAAGCUUUUGUGCAACCAGUUCAGCCUCAACCACGAGGGAAUCCAAAUGCUUAUGGUGCCAAUUUUUCUACUAGAAGACCCAAUUUGCCAGAACCCGGUGGCCAUUGGAAUCAUACUUGGAAUCAUCAACGACCGUUUAACCCCAGAGAGAACAUUCCUGUGCAACAGGGUGUUGGACCUAGGCCUUUCUUAAGACCUCAUUUUUUUGGUCCAGCUCCAGGAUUCAUGGUCGGCCCAAGCAUUCCUGGUAAUUAUAGCAGUGCUGAGCUGUCUUAUUUUGUUUUCAAUUAUGUAUUUGCAGUGAGAUGUGUCUUGUUACUUUCCACGCAGGAAAUGAAUACUCUCUAUAGAUUUUGGUCUUAUUUCCUAAGAAGCAUGUUCAACUCUUCGAUGUAUGAUGAGUUCUGGAAAUACGCACAUGAAGAUGCUGCUGCUGGUUAUAAUUAUGGAGUCGAGUGCCUUUUCAGGUUCUAUAGUUAUGGUUUGGAGAAGGAUUUUAGAGAGGAUCUGUAUAAGGACUUUGAACAGCUCACAGUUGAGUUUUACCAUAAAGGCAAUCUCUAUGGCCUUGAAAAGUAUUGGGCAUUUCAUCAUUAUCGUGAACAACGGGAUCAGAAAGAGCCUCUAAUGAAACAUCCAGAAUUGGAUCGUUUGCUCAGGGAAGUAUACCGUAGCUUGGAUGACUUCCGUGCCAAAGAGAGAGCCACUAUGAUGAAAUAGAGGAGUCAUCAGUAGCCAGUAGCAAGUAAUGCCUAUAAUCAAUCCCCCAGCGACAUUGAAUUGAUGGCAUUCCAAUUUUGAAAGACUAUUCUGACAGCUUUACGAGGGAGA